AUGGAGUCACUGUUCAAAACAACGCCUCUCAACGAUUUUUGGUGCAGAAUCCGUGAUGAAUAUCCAAUGCUUGGCAAAAUGGCUCUGAAUAUUCUUCUCCCGUUCCCAACAACAUAUUUGUGCGAAACAGGAUUCUCAACCUAUGCAGCCACGAAAACAAAAUAUCGCAAUAGACUGGACGCCGAACCUGAUAUGAGACUUCAAAUGUCUUCUAUCAAACCUGAUAUCAACCAAUUGAUGAAAAAUAAAAACAGUUUCGUACCUCCCAUUAGUUAA